AUGUCUUCGGGCACUGGGAGUCAUACGACUAGUCGGGCUAUCCCGACCUCCCACCCUGUCAUAAUCAACGAUGUGGCCCUCAUGCCUCAAAAGUAUUCUACAACACCAGAAGGGACACUCUUCAGUACGACCCCUGGAGGUAUGUGAAACUCAAUCAUAAUAGCCUAAUAGUAAAUACAAUAAUAUAUUAUUUUAAUAAUAAUCAUCAUAAUAAUGUAGGGGCAGGGAAGUGAACCCUGGGUGAUUGGGUGAAAGACAAAUACCCUAUGCAUCGUAUCAAUAGGGUUUACUCACUUGGUGGGAAUUUUAAUUGAAAUGAAGUGGAAACAACGUUGAUUCAACCAGUGUGUGCCCACCCAGUGGGGUGCCUCAUAUAAUGGGAAGGCAUGUCCCCGUGCUUCAACUACUCAACGGUCUAAUGGCCUCACGGCCGCCAUCCCACAUCUGACACCAGCGUAGCGAACCCAGGUUGCUGGAGUGAAAGACAAACACCCUACACAUUAUGCCAAUACAACUCACUUGUUUGGAAAUGUAACAUGGCUCAUAUAGCAAGGAUCGCUACAAUAAUAAUAGGCCCAAUUUAACAUGUUGACCAUCCUCAUCAUUACUAUUAUUAAUAUCUGGUGCUUAUUUGCCUUCAUCUACCCUGUUUGUGAUCUCUCUUACUGCCAAUCGACCUCCACCAAACCCACCCAGGCACCCGAAUCAUCUACGACAGGAAGUUCCUCCUGGAGUGUCGAACCUCCCCUCUGACCCGCACCCCUCCCUGUCUCCCUGAUAUCCCAGGGGUAACCAGCCCCCUCUCAGACAACACUACCACUGACACAGCCCACCCUAACCAAACCCCCAACAACCUCAGUCCCCCAGCAGACAAGAGUGCAGGUAAAGGUCUGGUGUGUGUGUGUGCGCGCAUGUUAUAUAUUAGUGUCUAUCAUUUUUGCUAUUUUACUGCACUGUUUUCAUCUUGUUUUUGCAGGGGAGGAUGCUCAAUUUGAAAUGGACAUUUAG